AUGAGCAUGCAAAAGAAGGCUGUGCCAGAACAAAAACUAUCUGGUCAAAAAAGGUGCUUUGCUUGUAAUGAGACAUCGCACAGUUUGGAUCAAUGCAGCAUAAAAUACAAGCUUGUUACAGUGGCACAUCAAUUUGGCUAUGCUACAAAGUUUCCAUUUAUCAUGAUUCAGCCUUCUGAGGAGAUGAUUGAGAAGGAGACAUUUUACCACCACUGCGUCCUAAUCACAUCUAAUGUCAGUAACCUGGACCCAGGUAUGGUGAAAGUUGAGCUGCAGAAGCUUUGGAACCUGUCAGGUGGCUGGGUAUUGAGAAGAGAAUGCAGCAAGAGUUUCCUAGCAUCCUUCAGCUCAGAGGGCGACGCAGUUAGCUGUUUAAAGAACCCUAACAUGGAAGCAUUUCUCAAUGAUGAGAAGGUGAAAUUAACUGCAACAAGGUGGACGGAAGGCGAUCAUGAUGGAAGUAAUGAUUUGAUGAAACAGUGGUUUUUAGUGUAUGGGGUCCCAAGAAAAUACAGAAGUUGGGUGGAGUUAUAUCAAGUUGCUUCCGCGUUUGGAGUGUUGAUUGACGUGGACGAGGAAAGUUUCAAAGUUGGGGAUAAAGAGCCUAUCAGUCUGAAGAUAGCAUUAACAAAUAUUGACGGUGCUCCAUUCUCCUAUCACUACGUGGUUGGAUGGCCUUCCAGAAUGGUCAUGUUAACAGUAGAAGCAAAAAUAGAUUCAGAGACCAGCAGCCGUAACACAAGGACUGUAAAUUCAGCAGGCAACCAUGUGUUGGACUUCGGAGAUUCCUCAGAUAAGGAUCAUAGAAAGGAACUGAAAGCAGCACAAAGUACACUGCUGGAAGAUCCGGCGUGUAUUGAACAGUCAAGAUUACAUGAUGGCAAGACCAAAGAAAACAAAAUAACUACUCCAGCAGCCACAGUAAACAACUCGAAGGAAACAACAAUAGAAAGUUCAAAACCUGAAGGGGUGCAAUCGAUAUGUCUAAACUCAACAAGAAUGAUUGAAGAAGACCGUUUCAAAGGUAUAUCAAAGCCUCCUAUCAAGCAUGUAUACACAAGGAGAAGUAAGAAGCAGCAAGUUACUGAAGCAAUAAACAAAAGCUCAUUGAAUAAACUAGAUAAAGGAAUGGGUCCAGAGAGCAGUAAUGCUGCAAGGAUUGGGGCUUCAGAAAUGGAAUGCAAGGUGGAACUGAAGAUGGAAGAAAUGACUCUAAUGGGAGUAAGAAAAAUGUCUGAAGAGGUUGGAGAAUGCAGGGAGAAGGAAGACAAUAGUGUCAUUCUACCCGCCACUACAAUCAACUCUAAGGAGAAGAAAAUAUCAAAAGACAGUUCAAAAAUUGAGACAGCGCAAUUAGUCACUACUGCGCACAUAAAGGGUGUUAGCAUGGAUCACAUUGGACCAGGAAGAGUUCAAUUCCAUGUAAAACAAUAUACAUCUAAAAUUGGCACACAGGUACCUCAAAAUUUUGAGGAUAAUGUUAGCUAUGAAAGUUUCAGUGAGAUGGGCCUUCCCGAAAAUUUACUCAGGGGGAUCUAUCAAUAUGGUCUGAAGACACCUUCCAUGGUCCAUCAGAGAGGAAUUGUCCCAUUAUGCAAGGGUCUGAGUGUUGUCCAUCAAUCUUUGUUUGGAACAACUGUGACACUUUGCUGUGGAGUUCUGCAUCAGCUUGAUUAUGCAUCUGAAGAAUGCCAGGCUUUGAUUCUUGUACCAACAUACAACUCAGCACAAGAGACUAAGAAAGUUAUUGAAGCACUUGGUCGGUUCCUUGGUGUUAAAGCUCAUGCUUGUACUGGAGGAACUAGUGCCCGUACAGACCGGCAAAUUCUUUCAAGUACAGUUCAGGUCCUCAUUGGCACCCCUGGAUGCAUUCUUGGCAUGCUGCAACGGCAUUCAUUAUUGCGUCCAGACCACAUUAUAAUGCUUGUUUUGGAUGAAGCAGAUGAAUUACUCAGAGGAGGUUCGAAAGACCAGAUCUAUACUAUUAUUCAGCAUCUCCCAAUCAAAAUUCAGGUCGGCUUGUUCUCUACUGCCCUUUCGAAUGAAGCUCUAGAGACUAGCCGCAGGUUCAUGGAUAAGCCUGUGAUAAUAAUUGUGCCAAGAGAUGAAGAGCUGAAGGACAUCAGGCAGUACUGUCUCAAAGUUGAUAAUGAAGAGAAGAAGCUAAGUAAAUUUUAUGCUCUUUUGAAGAUUGUAGAGGUCACAAAAGUGAUCAUAUUUGUGAACACAAAGGAUAAGGUCAUCUCACUCACAGAAGAAGUUGGCAAUCAUUACACUGUGUCCGCAAGUCAUGAUGGCAUGGACCAGCGUGCCAGGGACAUUGCCAUCCAGAAGUUCAAGUCUGGAUCAUCCACUAUUCUCAUCGCCACCGAUCUUCGAGGCACCAGCACGGGGCAGGUUCCAAUUGUCAUCAACUAUGAUAUGCCAACCCAACUGAUGCAGUACAUCCAUCGUGUUCAGCAGCAGAAUGGACAGCAGCAUGGAAGGAGAAGUGUGGUCAUUAACUUUGCAACUCCUGGUGAUGAGCGCGUCCUCUUCGACAUCCAGAAAUUUUGCAAUAGACAACUGAUGGAGCUACCCUCCAACAUAUGA